ACUGUGGUCUUGAUUCUUUUGACAGAAAAUGAACUGCCUGGCAAAGUUGUGUGGGUGACAGGAGCUUCGAGUGGAAUCGGAGAGGAAUUGGCUUACCAGCUAGCCCGGAUAGGAGCCUUGCUCGCCAUCUCAGCGAGGAGAGAGGACGAGCUGCAGAGAGUGAAAAAGAAGUGCCUUGAGAUCAGCAACUUGGGUGAUAAAGAUAUCCUUGUCUUGCCACUUGACUUGACUCAAAGAAGCUCUCACGAGGCUGCAACCAACAGCGUCCUUAAGCAUUUUGGCAAGAUUGAUAUUUUGAUCAACAAUGGUGGACGUUCCCAGCGCUCUCUGUUUGUGGAUACAAACCUGGAUGUUUUCAGUGCCAUCAUGGAACUUAACUACCUGGGUACAAUCUCUCUAACAAAAUAUGUCCUGAAUCACAUGAUCCAAAGGCGAAAAGGGAAGAUUGUCACCGUGAGCAGCGUGAUGGGUAUCAUGGGAGCCCCUCUUGCCUCUGGGUACUGCGCCAGCAAACAUGCUCUGCAGGGCUUUUUCAAUUCUCUCCGGACUGAGCUCACUGACUACCCUGAGAUAAGUAUUAUAAACAUCUGCCCAGGACCUGUCCAGUCUAAGAUUAUACAAAACGUCUUUACGGAGAAUCUUGGAAAGUCCCUGGAGAGCAGCGGGGACCAGUCGCACAAGAUGAGGACCGACCGCUGCGUGCGGCUCACGCUGGUGAGCACGGCCAACGACAUCAAGGAGGCCUGGAUCAGCGACAACCCCUACCUGGCCGUGUGCUACCUGUGGCAGUACGCGCCCACCUGGGCCUGGUGGCUCAUGAACAAGAUGGGCAAGAGGAGGAUCCAGAACUUCAAGAGCGGCGUGGACGCUGAUGCUUCUUACUCGAGAAAGAGUAAGUGA